AUGAAAUUUGACGUAGUACUCAGUGGAAAGUAAGACCUACGGCAAGAUUUAGCAAAACAUCCUCCAGAUGUUGAGGAUCGUGAAAAAUUUUCAGUAUGGAUGUGUGGAUUGCAUAAUCGAGUGAAUAAGAAACUUGGUAAACCCGAAUAUGAUUGUACACAGUGGAAAGAACGGUGGCUCAAUGGUUGGAAGGAUGGCUCUUGUGAAUAUUACGCUAUUCUUGGUCCAAAAACUAAAGUGGAAUCGGAAAUGAGAUCGGAAUCCGAAGAUAGUGACGAGUGUAUAAAUGAGGAAAAGGAAGCUUUCAGGGAUAUCGAUGAUUUAAAUACUAAUUUGGCAUCUGAAGAUCACAUUUCCAAUUAUCCGAGUGCGAAUUUAUGUAACGGUAUUUUGAAAAUUGAACAAGAUAAUAAUACGGUAAAAAAAGAUCCACAAAUUGCUUCAAGCAAUAUGGAACCGCAGGAACUGUUUUGUUGCGAUGAAAAAAGUAGUGGUGGCAGUAGCACGGACGAGGAAUUGAAGAAAUGGGCUAUCACUCCGAAGAUUUCAGCAGAUUUUUCAUGUACUGCCUUAACACUUUAUCUUAGAUGCACUGGUCGAUCAAAUGAUUAUUUCAGUUUUGGGGAAGGUCUCUGGACAUUUAUUCAUUCUUCAAUCUUUUCUGAAGAUUACGAGGCAUUUCGUAUCGCAAUUAGGAGAAGAAUAACAGAAACGCUGAAUAUUGCUACAAAUCUAAAAAUCGGGAAUAGAGAGAAAGUUACUUGGAUGAACUCAUCUGAGAAGGAAGAAAAAAGCAUGUCAUCGUCAGCUAAUUGCUCAGAUUUUACUCAAAUGGGUGAGAAGGAUGAUUCGGGGGAACAAUUGGCUGGGGUUCCCGCAAAACUGGGCCGUUUUUGGAAGCUGGAAUCUUCAGCGAGUUCAAUGAUUUCAAAAGACUGGAAGAUGCACCAAAAUCUUUCUACCAAUCAAAGCUUAAUGAUUACAAGAGCCAGCAUGAGAACUGAUCCAAUAAAUUUGAUGUUGCCUCAAUCGCCGAGCAAUAUUUUUCUUCGUAAUGAGACUUCUUCUCCAAUUCCAACUGUACUUUUGGGCGAUUUUGGACUAGCGUGUCUGCACCAAACUAAAAUAGUUUACAAUACUGCAGUUGCUGAAAAUAAAACAACCACUCAUAUCGAAGGUGUUGGUACUUCUGUGUAUGCGGCACCUGAACAGAAAAAUUCCACCGUCUAUGAUAAUGCAGUUGAUAUCUAUAGUGCUGGAAUUGUAUUUUUUGAACUAUGUAUUCCAUUUCAUACGCAAAUGGAGCGAUUAGAAGCUAUUGGAAAGUUGAAAAAAGGAGAAUUGAGCAAGGAAUUCAAAACUUCUUUUUCUGAUGAGGAUGGGCUGAUUGAGGAAAUGUGCAGGGAUAAUCUUGAGAAACGACUUCAUGCUUUUGAAAUUGUCACUAAACUUGGUAAAAUUGGAGAAAAUGUGGAAUCUCUUAAGUACCAUAUCCAAGAACUUGAAAAUGAACUUUCGGUAAACAUCAAAGAGCCACAGCUUUUUUUGAAAAAAAAUACAAAUAUGGAUGUUUUACUUGAUUACUGCCGUAAAGAUGUGAAUAUUAGCAAAUAUGCAACCGAUGAACUAUUGCUCACAAAACAUGUGGAUUUCAUCAAUCUUUAUGUUGAAAAUAAGGGGUCAUAUGAAAAUGUUACUACGGAAUAUCUUCGAAUGAGUGGUAUCUAUUGGUGCUUGCAAGCAAUGGAUAUAAUGGACAAAUUGCGUGAAAUGAAUGCCAACGAGAUUGCUAUUUACGUAAAACAGCAUCAGCAACCAAACGGCGGUUUUGCACCUGCUGAACAACACGAUGACCAUUUACUGCAUACACUGAGUGCUGUACAAAUAAUGAUAAUGCUACGUAAACUGGAUGAAAUUGAUACAGAUGCGGUGGCCCGUUAUGUUACAUCCUUACAAAAUGAAGAUGGAAGUUUUGGCGGCGAUGAGUGGAAUGAGAUUGAUACUCGCUUCUCAUUUUGUGCACUGGCGACGCUUCAUUUGAUUGGAAAAUUAGAAAACUCGAUAAAUAUAGAAAAAGCUAUUGACUUCAUUCUUCUUUGCUAUAAUUUUGAUGGUGGAUUUGGAAGAAGGCCUGGUUCGGAAAGCCAUGCUGGACAGGUGUAUUGUUGUUUGGGAAGUUUGGCGAUAUUAGAUUGCUUGGAAAUGAUCGACGUUCAGCGAACAGCACGAUGGCUGGCCGAAAGGCAAUGUCGAUCAGGUGGUCUGAAUGGUAGACCAGAGAAACUACCAGAUGUUUGCUACUCCUGGUGGGUACUUGCAUCAUUGAAAAUACUUGGACGAUUACACUGGAUUGAUAAUAAGCUGAUGAUAAAAUAUAUAUUGGCAUGUCAGGACAAAGAUGGCGGUUUUGCUGAUAGACCGGGAGAUGUGGCUGAUCCUUUCCAUACUGUUUUUGGGCUAGCAGGAUUAAGCUUACUUGGUGGUCACAGUAAAUUGUUGACAACAGUUGAUCCUGUAUUCUGCAUGGCGAAAAAAUGUCUUGGUAAUUUAUCUGUCUGUUAA